UUCAGCAACUGCCUUGCAGCGGAACCACUCCGCGGUGCCCUGCAAUCUGCGGCGGGCGCCCCGCCCCCGGGCCCCUAGCUCCGCCCCCGGCGGCGCCGAGCUGCGGACGCGCGCUGAGGACCGGCGCGCCGCUUCGGCCACGGAGCGGCGGCGGGCGAAGGCGGAGGCCGGGGCCCCGAGAGGCGGGAUGAUCCAGGCGCACCAGGCCGCGCUGCUGCUGGCCGCGGUGGUGCUGGGCUGCGCGCUGCGGGACCCCGGCGGCUCCCCGCAGCCCGAUUUAGACAAUAAAAAGCAUGUGGAGCUGAAGAUGGAUCAAGCUUUGCUACUCAUCCGUAAUGAACUUCCAGGAGAAAACUUGACAGUUUACUGGAAAUCUGAGCGCUGUUUCCAGUGUUUGUUCCAGUUUCUGGUAAAUGUUUCUCAUGCUAGAAAACCUGGGAAGCCAGCCAUUGUACCUGUCUCUGUCAGCACCCAACACGACUCCAUUCUGCAAAUUAAUAAUACAUUGGAAGAAAAGGAAGUUUGUAGGUUGCAAUACAAAUUUGGAGAGUUUGGAAACUAUUCUCUCUUGGUAAAGCAUACCCACAAUGGGGUCAGUGAAAUCACCUGUGACCUGGUUGUUAAUAAGGAUCCAGUUGACAGUAAUCUUCCUGUGAGUGUCGCAUUCCUUGUUGGGCUAGUGGUCAUCAUUGCAGUGUCCUUCCUCAGGUUCUUGUUGAGUUUGGAAGACUUUAAUAAUUGGGUUUCUAAGGCAAUAAAUUCUCAAGAAACUGAUCGUCUCAUCAAUUCUGACCUAGGAUCCCCCAGUAGGGCAGACCUACUUACUGGUGAACCUCAACCAGAAACACGAUGUCUGCCUGCCCCAGGGUACCGCCUCCGCUGCCUGGACACUUUUAGGGGGAUAGCUCUCAUCCUCAUGGUCUUCGUUAAUUAUGGAGGAGGAAGAUACUGGUACUUCAGACAUUCCAGUUGGAAUGGACUGACAGUGGCUGACCUGGUAUUCCCAUGGUUCGUAUUUAUUAUGGGAUCUUCAGUUUUUCUGUCAGUGACUUCUGUACUUCAGCGGGGAUGUUCAAAAUUAAAAUUACUGGGGAAAAUUGCAUGGAGAAGUUUCCUUUUAAUUUGUAUAGGAAUUGUCAUUGUGAACCCCAAUUAUUGCCUUGGUCCAUUGUCUUGGGAUAAGGUCCGAAUUCCUGGUGUGCUGCAGCGGUUGGGAGUGACGUACUUUGUGGUUGCUGUGUUGGAGCUCCUGUUCACUAAACCCGUACAUGAAAACUGUGUCUCGGACAGAAGAUUCCCUUUCCUUCGAGACAUCACCUGCAGCUGGCCCCAGUGGCUCCUCAUUCUGCUGCUGGAAAGCCUUUGGCUGGGCUUGACAUUCCUAUUACCAGUUCCUGGAUGCCCUACUGGGUACCUGGGCCCUGGUGGGAUUGGAGACUUGGGGAAAUACGUAAACUGCACUGGAGGAGCCGCAGGCUACAUUGACCACCUGCUCCUGGGAAGUGAUCACCUGUACCAGCACCCUUCUUCUGCGGUGCUGUAUCACACCAAGGUGGCCUAUGAUCCAGAAGGAAUCUUGGGGACCAUCAACUCCAUUGUGAUGGCGUUUUUAGGAGUUCAGGCAGGGAAAAUACUGUUGUAUUACAAGGAUCAGACCAAGGAUAUUCUCAUUAGAUUCACUGCCUGGUGUUGUGUUCUUGGGGUUAUUUCUGCUGCUUUGACAAAAAUGUCUGAAAAUGAAGGCUUUAUUCCAGUAAACAAAAAUCUCUGGUCCAUUUCCUACGUUACCACACUGAGUACUUUCUCCUUCUGCAUCCUGCUGGUCCUGUACUUCAUUAUUGAUGUGAGGGGACUGUGGACGGGAACCCCAUUUUUUUAUCCAGGAAUGAAUUCUAUUCUGGUGUAUGUUGGUCACGAGGUGUUUGAGAAUUACUUCCCCUUUCAGUGGAAGUUGGAGGAUAACCAGUCACACAAAGAACAUUUAACUCAGAAUAUAGUUGCCACUGCUCUCUGGGUGCUCAUUGCCUACGUUCUCUACAAAAAGAAGAUUUUUUGGAAAAUCUGAUAGCUACCACUAAAAUGUGUUGCUGGAAGAAUCUAGUGGGCCUGGAGAAGUAUUGAAACAGACUUUUCAUCGGUGAAAAAAUUGGUAGUUUGUGUGUUUCCAGAUUAUUGUAAAAGUUGCUGAACUGAAACUGACUCUCUGGAAUGUCUGACGUGACUUACAGACUUUUCCCUGUGUAUUUGUGACUUACGCAUUUGGAAACCUAGUCUUUUUCUUCCAUCUUCUACAGAAAUGGAUGGAUUUGGAGCUGCAUUUUAAGGAAUUGUACUCCCCCCACCACAGGGUUUUGCUGUGUAGUUCAGGCUGGCCUUGAACUCACUAUGUAGCUCAAGUUGGCCUUGAACUCACGGCAGUCCUUGUGCCUCAGCCCCCAAGUGUUGGAGUUACAAGCUUGAGCUGCCACGCCUAUGGUGUGAACCAUCAAUCUGAUGCAGAGUUCUCUUGAGCAUAAUUUUAGAAACAUGUCCUAUUAUAUUGUGAUAUUAAACAUUGAACUGGCAAAUA